AUGUCUAAGACGAAGAAAAUUCUACUUGAUAUUCUACUUCCCAACGGAUGUAUCAUCGUUGUAGAAUGCGAAGAGGAUAUAACAUUAGAUAAAAUAAAACAAAAUACAUUGGCUUGUAUUAAGCGACAAACACCAUUUAAUGAUUUAGUGCAUGAUCAAAAAAAUUACUAUCUAGAAUCAGUUACAUCAAGUGCACAAAUUAUUCCAUUAUAUGAUGAACAAAUUAAACUUAACGAAUUGAAUCUCUUUUAUGGAUAUUUGACUUUACGUGAACAUGAUGCUUUUCUUGAUGAAAAAGAUGAUUUAGCGUUGAUGAGUCUUCUACUCGGCUUUCCACUGGAUGAUUUUGCGAGCACAUUAGAACGUGAACCAUGCGAAGCUCGAUCAUUAUUAAAUCGUUUAGCUGAUAUGCUUGCGCAAGAAGCUGUGAAAGAGUUACAACGGAAUGGUUUGCACGAACAAAAUGUUUCCCACGAUGCCGAUGAUAAACAAUCUACUCUUGUCAAAUCACAAAACUUGUUAAAACAAUUCGGUCUAACUUCAGAUAUUCGACCUGUAUUUGUUCAAGUGCAAGAACGUCAUUCAACUUCUCCUAUAUGCUUUAAUUUAUCAAGUAGUUUAUAUUCUUCGCCUAUUGAUGUUGUUGCAAAUGUGAUCCUAUCGAAACUGUCUGUCAGCAAUCCAACAAUGGCAAAUGACGAAAGGAUGAAAAUUGUCAAAGAAUACAAAGCACGCUAUUGGUUGCAAGCAUUUGGAUGUGAAGAAAGACUUUUUGGUACUAAACCAUUGAUACAAUCACGCUACGUUCAAACAUGUCUUCGUCUUGAUAAACAGCUGUAUUUUAAAUUAAUUAAUAUUGAAAGUGCAACCGGCAAUGGUAAAAAACGGUGUUUAGUAAUGAUUCAUGAAGCAAUUAAACAAGAAGAAGAAAGAAAAAAACCACAAAAAUUCGGUGGUCGCAGCAAUGAAAUACGUCAAGUAUGGAACGAAAAAGAUAUAGCUUGUAGAUAUUUUUCUUUACGUAUUCUCUCUGGUCAAUUAAUUCCUGCUGGCGAAUUCGAUGAAGUUAAAAUUACCAUUGGAUUGUAUCAUGGUACACAACCCCUAUUUCCUGGUUCAAUAAUAGAAAGUCGUUCAGUUGAUACACUGAAUCCAGAUUGGCAACAGGAAAUAAAAUUUGAUAUCACACUAGUUAAUGUACCGCCGGCGAGUAAAUUAUGUUGUUCGAUACACUUUCAUCGACGACGAACAUCAUUAUUAGUUUCGGAUGAAUGGAUCUGUAUUGGAUGGGCGAAUCUCAAUGUAUUCAAUCACAAUAGUUGUCUUAUACAAGGACGACAAAAAGUACGAUUCUGGCCAACAGAAACGAAUAACGGCAAAAUGACUUCAUCAAUGUAUGGCUUCAAUGAAAGAGCUUUAGCGGGUAUAAAUCCGGAUCGAUCUUAUCCAACAGUAGAAAUAGAAUUUCCAAGUUAUAAAUAUCAAAUAGCAACGCUAUCACCGCGCAACGGUCUAGCCAUGCAAGCACAAACAAAAAACGAACAACUUUUACGUUCAUGUGCAUUUCAAGAUGAUUUGGAAGAAACUGGAGAAAAUCCUGUACAAUCAGAUUUCUAUGAUUGGCUUCGGUCAAUUGAAUUCGAAUUAACUGAACAAAGUCGAGUUGAACUUUGGGAUCGACGGUAUGAAUGUAUGCGCGUGCCAGAAUCAUUGCCGCGUUGGCUUCGAUGUGUUAAAUGGAACAAUCGUGAUGAUGUUCUUGAAGCCUAUAAAAUUGUCGAAAAUUGGCCCACGAAAAAUGUCGAUCCACUGAUGACUGCACUUGAAUUAUUAGAUGUCGAUUAUCCUGAUCCGUUUGUUCGAUUUUCAGCUGUUCGUCUUCUUGAUACACGUAUUGAUGAUGAUCGACUUCUGCCUGUUAUAUUACAAAUUGUACAAGCUGUCAAAAAUGAGCCAUAUCAUGAUAGUGCUUUAGCAAGAUUUCUACUGAAACGCUCAUUAUUAAAUCAACAAGUUGGACAUUAUUUCUAUUGGCAUUCAAGAGCUGAAUUAAAAAACCCACAAUUUAAAGUACGCUAUGGUCUUCUCUUAGAGGCAUACUUACGUUAUUGUGGUGAAUAUGCUGAAGAUCUUGGGCGACAAGUACGCUCUGUAGAUAAAAUGAUAUAUAUUGCUGAAAUUAUACAAAAUAGUACGCACGAUGAAUUAUACAAUCAAAAAGGUUAUCUUGCUCACAUACUUACACGAGAAGGAUACGCUCAAAAUCUCCAAUACUUUCGAUCACCGGUUGAUUAUAAUGCUGAACUUGGUUUGCUUGUUCUUGACCAUUGUCGAAUCAUGUCAUCAGCCCGACGUCCAUUAUGGUUACGAUGGACAAAUGGAUCUGAAUAUGCUGAACACUUUUUCCCGACAUUUGACCUUAUUUUUAAAAAUGGAGACGAUCUCCGACAAGAUAUGUUAGCGUUGCAAUUUAUUCAAAUGAUUGAUAUUAUAUGGAAAGCUGAUGGGCUUGAUUUAAGUCUUUUGCCAUAUGGAUGUUUGGCUACAGAUUAUUGUUCUGGUUUGAUUGAAGUUGUAAAAAAUGCAAAAACAAUCAUGAAUAUACAAAAAUUAGGAGGUUUAAAAGGACAAUUUCAAUUCGAUGCUAGCGCACUCUAUCGAUGGAUUGCCAAAAAUAAUCCCGGUCCUGAGAAAUUGAAAAGUGCCAUUGAUUUAUUCACAAGAUCAUGCGCCGGCUAUUGUGUUAUAACCUAUGUGCUUGGUGUUGCAGAUCGUCAUCCGGAUAAUAUUAUGGUUAAUGAACGUGGCCAAUUAUUUCAUAUUGACUUUGGUCAUAUAUUGGGAAAUUUUAAAAUGAAAUAUGGAAUCCGUCGUGAACGUACCCUUUUAGUACUUAUUGAUGAUUUUGUUCGAGUUAUUACAAACAAUAAUACAGACAAAAACCCAAUUGAAACACGCGAAUUUAAAAACUUUAAAAAGUUAUGUAUCAAAGGCUAUCGAAUACUUCGUCGCCAAUAUCGUCAAAUUGUUUGUUUAUUUAAAUUAAUGAUGAAUUGUGAUUUAACAGAACUAAAUAGUGAAGCUGAUAUGGCGUAUCUUCGACAAACAUUUGCUAUUGACAUCGGAGCUAAUGAACAAGAAGCAUGCGAUCGAUUUGAACAAAUCUUACUUGACUCAUAUCGAUCAAGCGUUAAAACGCGUGUCGAUUGGGUUUUUCAUGCACUUAAUCAUAUUAAAUCCUGA